AUGAAGGAGACAAGCAUCGACAUUCCGGACCUCAGCCCCGUCCUCGGCGGCACCGUCAUUGGUGGGUCAACAACGCGCCAGGAGGCAGCAGCGGCAGCGACGAUGACGACGCAUCGACCCGACCCUCACGAGCCCAUCGCCAUCGUGGGAAUGAGCUGCAGGUUCCCCGGGGAGUCGGACAGCCCCGAGAAGCUGUUCAAGCUCUGCUCGGAAGCGCGGAGCGCGUGGUCAGAAUUCCCCGCCGACCGGUUCAACGCAAAGGGAUUCUACCACCCGCACGCGGAGCGCCUUGGCACGAUGAACGUGAAAGGGGCGCAUUUCCUGGAAGAGGACAUUGGGUUGUUCGAUGCCUCGUUCUUCAACCUUACGUCAGAAGUCGCCAGUUCGAUGGACCCUCAGCUGCGCCUGCAGCUCGAGUGCACGUUCGAGGCGCUCGAAAACGCCGGAUUGCUCCUCGACCGGAUAGCGGGCAGCAAGACGUCCGUCUUCAGCAGCUCCUUCACCAAGGACUACCACGACAGCCUGCUGCGCGACCCGGACACGACGCCGCGCUACUUCAUGACGGGCAACGGCACGGCCAUGCUCUCGAACCGCGUGUCGCACUUCUUCGACCUGCGCGGCCCCAGCCUGACCAUUGACACUGCCUGCUCGACCAGCCUCGUGGCGCUGCACCUCGCGUGCCAGAGCCUCAAGGCCGGAGAGUCGUCCAUGUCCAUCGUCGGCGGCGCAAACGUCAUGCUGAACCCGGACAUGUUUGUGACCAUGAGCAGCCUUGGAUUCCUCUCCCCCGAAGGCAAAUCCUUCGCCUUCGACUCGCGCGCCUCGGGCUACGGCCGCGGCGAAGGCGCCGCCACGCUCGUCCUCAAGCGCCUCAGAGACGCCCUGCGCGACGGCGACCCCAUCCGCGGCGUGAUCCGGGGCACGGCGACGAACCAGGACGGCAAGACGCCGACACUAACAUCGCCCAGCCGGUACGCACAGGAGGAGCUGAUGCGCGCGUGCUACGCCGGUGCCGGGCUCGAUCCCAAGGACACGACGUACGUCGAGGCGCACGGCACGGGCACGCAGGCGGGCGACGCGACCGAGAUCGCCGCCAUCGGAGCCGUGUUUGGUGGUGAGAAGGAGAAGGGCGGCCGCGGGCUGCGGAAGGGCCCGCUGUAUGUGGGAUCGGUCAAGACGAACAUCGGCCAUCUCGAGGCUGCUAGUGGUCUGGCAGGCGUCAUCAAGACGGCGCUGUGCCUGGAGAAAGGGCUCAUCCCGCCCAACGCUAACUUCGAGCGGGCCAACGAGCGGCUGGAGCUGGAAAAGUGGAACAUCAAGAUACCGCAGCGCCUCGAGCCGUGGCCCGACCACUGUGUGCGAAGGGCCUCCGUCAGCAGCUUUGGGUAUGGCGGCACGAACGGCCAUGUCAUCCUGGACGCGGCCAUGCACCACGAAAAGAAAGACGUCGAGCACACGCGCGAGCAGCAGCAGCAGCAGCUCCUCCAAUCCCGCCUCUUCAGCAUCAGCGCAAAAGACGAAGACGCCGCCAGAGGAGCGGCCGCACGGCUGGCCGAGUACGUGCAGGAGAAGAAGGGCGACGGGCCCGAGCUGUUCGACAACCUCAGUUACACGCUGUCGGCGCGGCGCUCCCGGUUCCCCUGGUCCGUCUCGGUGGCGGCAACGAGCCUGGGAGCCCUUGCAGAUGUGCUAUCAAGCGACGCGCUGAAGCCCGUCCGCAGCGCCGGCGGCGCCGCGCCGCGUCUGGGCUUCGUCUUCACGGGCCAGGGGGCGCAGUGGCACGCCAUGGGGCGGGAGCUGCUGGGCGCGUAUCCGGUGUUCCGACGGUCCAUCGAGGACGCGACGCGCAUCAUCAAAGAGUUUGGCGCCGAGUGGUCGCUCAUGGAUGAGCUCCUACGCGACGCCUCAACGAGCCGCGUCAACGAAACGCUCAUGAGCCUGCCCCUCUGCACCGCCGUCCAGCUGUCUCUGGUCGACCUGCUGACGUCCUGGGGCAUCGCGCCGACGGCCGUGACGGGCCACUCGAGCGGCGAGGUGGGCGCCGCCUACGCCGCCGGGCUGGUCGACUUCCGGUCGGCGCUGGCCAUCGUGUAUCUGCGCGGCGAGCUGACGACGAGCUUCAAGCUCAAGACGCCGGGAAUGCGGGGCGGCAUGAUCGCCGUCGGCCUGGGCCGCGACGAGGUGCAGGAGUACCUGGCGCGCGUGAAGAAGAGUGCCGCAGGCGAGGUCGUCGUGGCGUGCGUGAACAGCCCGUCCAGCGUGACCGUGUCGGGCGAUCUCGCGGGCGUCGAGGAGCUGGAGCGCCUGCUGCACGCCGACGAGAUCUUUGCCAGGAAGCUCAAGGUCGACGCCGCCUACCACUCGCACCACAUGCAGCCCAUCGCGGCCGAGUACCACCAAGUGCUCGAGGCGGCGCUGGCGCGAGGCCGCCUCCUUGACGGCGUCGUCUUCAGCUCGCCCGUGACGGGCAGCCGCGCCGACCGGGUCGACGCCGCCCACUGGGUCACCAACAUGGUGAGCCCCGUGCUCUUCCUCGACUCGUUCCGCAACAUGUGCCUCGACGCAGAGGAGCGGCAGCAGGUGGACCUGGUCGUCGAGAUCGGCCCGCACAGCGCCCUGGCGGGGCCCAUCCGCCAGAUCCUCAGCCUGCCCGAGCUGCGGGACCGCGGCGUGGCCUACACGAGCUGCCUGGUCAGGAACCAGGACGCCACUUCGACCAUGCAGGCCAUGGCGGGCUUCCUCGCCGACCGCGGCUACCCGGUCGACCUCACGGCCAUCAACUUCCCCAACGGCGCCGACGGGUGCCGCGUCCUGCACGACCUGCCCUCGUACGCGUGGAAUCACAGGCAGAAGCACUGGGCCGUGUCCCGCCUGGGUCGGGCGCUCAACCAAAAGCCGGCGCCGCCGCACGACCUCGCCGGCGCCAAAGUCCCGGGGACCAACCCGCUGGCGCCGCUGUGGAGAUGGAUACUGCGCCCGUCCGAGAUUCCCUGGGUGCAGGACCACGUCGUGCAGUCGCACAUGGUCUAUCCCGCCGCCGGCUACAUCAGCAUGGUGCUCGAGGCCGUGCGAAGCAACGCCGAUGAGCAGCGGCCGCUGCGGGGCAUACAAAUGCGGGAAAUCGACGUGAAGAAGGCAUUGGUGAUUCCAGAGGAGACGGCGGGCGUCGAGGUCCAGCUCGCGCUGCUGCCCAAGAACGAGAAGGCUCUGGCCUCGCACGACUGGACCGAGUUCCGCAUCUUCUCCGUCGACCAUAAUGACAGCUGGAGCGAGCACUGCAGCGGCUUUGUCUCUGCAGUGUAUGGCGACAGUACUCCCUUGAGCGGAUCGGGGUCUGAAUAUGCCGCCUUGGGCAAGCCCGUCAUGCAGCCGAAAGCACUGUACCAAACACUGCAGCGCCUCGGCAUAAACCAUGGCCCGGCCUUCCAGAACAUCCACAGCGUGCACGGCAAAGUCACCAGCGUCUUCUCCGUAGCAGACACGGCGGCCCUCAUGCCCGCGCGCCACGAGCAGAAGCACCUCCUGCACCCAACAACCUUAGACUCGGUCAUCCAGACGGCCUAUCUCUCACUGCCCGAGUACGGCCAGGGGCAGACGACGGCCAUGGUGCCUCGAUCCAUCGCCUCCCUCUUCGUGUCGUCUGAACUGGAGGGCGUUGGCGCCGGCUCUCUGCUCGAGGCGCACGCCAAGCUCGGCAGCGUCGACGCGCGCAGCUUCCUGUCCUCGGUCGACGUCAAGGACCCCAGCCGCGGCCACCAGACGGUGCUCCGGCUCAGCGGUCUUCGGUGCCAGUCCCUCGGCGCGGCACUGCAGCAAGACGACCAGGACCAGAACCGCCUGUGCUUCAACAUCGAGUGGAAGCCUUACUUGGCACUGGCAGACUGUGCCAGCAUCAAGGACCUCCGCGUCGCGGCGCCCAGCGAAUCCGAGCAGCGCAUGGUCACGGACCUCAGGCAUGCCUGCUUGCAUUUCAUCCGCGACGCUCUGGACGAGCUGACUGCAGCUGAUGUUGCAAACCUCGCAGAGCACCACGCCGCGCUCCACCGGUGGAUGGAGAUUGUGUCCAAGAGCGCCGAGCUGAACGAUAUCUGCACCCAGAACCCAGCCUGCUCGGACCGUGCGGGCGAGUGGGCGCGGCACCUCUCUGCCGUUGCUGAUGCCAGCGUCAGCGGGCGCAUGGCUUGCCGCAUUGGCGAAAAGCUCGUUCCCAUACUGCGAAAGGAGAUUGCGCCGUUGGAGCUGAUGCUAGAGGACCGGCUGCUGUAUGCGUACUACGAAGGCGCUAUCGGCAUCAACCGUUCGUUUGCUCAGGUGGAGCGGCUGUCCGAGCUGCUGGGCCACCAGAACCCCGCGGCGAAGAUCCUGGAGAUUGGAGCCGGUACGGGCAGCUGUACGCGCGCUGUCCUCGCCGGCCUUGGCCGCGCCCACACCGCCGGCAGUCCCAACUUCGCCCGCUACGACUUCACCGACGUCUCGCCCGGCUUCUUCGAUGCAGCCCGCGAGAAAUUUGCCGACAGCGUGGACCGCAUGACUUUCCGCAGGCUUGACAUCGAGCUGGACCCGGACAGCCAGUCUUUCGAGUGCGGCACGUACGACGUCGUCGUCGCAUGCGAGGUACUCCAUGCCACCAAGACCAUGGAUGCCACCAUGGCCAAUGUGCGCAAGCUCCUGAAGCCCGGGGGCACUCUGUUGCUGGUCGAGACAACCAAAGACGCAAUAGACAUUCAGUUGGUGUUUGGAACGUUGCCAGGAUGGUGGUUAAGCACCGAGGAGGAACGCAAACUCAGCCCCUCGCUCCCAGUCGCAUCGUGGAACAAACUGCUGCAGCGCACAGGCUUCAGUGGCAUUGAUCUUGAUGUGCAAGACAGCGAAGACGUCUCCUUCAGCUCGCUGAGCGUCAUCAUGUCGACUGCAGCCGGCGACGCACCGCAACGCCCCUCUAGCAUUGCCCUGGUGCAGGUGCGACCGAAGAAGGAGGAGGCGCAGCAAGCCUGGACGGACCGUCUUGCCGCCCGUCUGAGGCAGGAGGGCGCCGCCGAGGUGACUGUCGAGACUCUCGAGACGGUCCAGCCCAGAGGCCGCACAUGCAUCAUCAUUGAUGAUCCUGCCGCACCCCUGCUGUCCGACAUCACGGCCGCCGCAUUCGAGGCCUUGCGCGGCAUGCUGACCACAGCAGACGGUGUUUUCUGGGUCUCGCACGGCGGCACUAUCGAGUGCCAGUAUCCAGAAGCCGCGGCGCACAUGGGCCUGCUGCGCACCCUGCGCUGCGAGGACGGGAGCAGGCGGUACAUCACGCUCGACCUGGACGCCUCCCACGGCGCGUGGCUGGCCGAAAGCGUCGACACGGCGGCCAAGGUAUUUCUGCAGGCGUUCGACGAGAGCCGGCCGCGCGAGGAGAUCGACUUUGAGUACGCGGCUCGCGACGGGGCCGUCCUGGUCGGCCGGGUGCGCGAGGACGCAGAAGCAAACGCCGCCGUUGCAUGCGGCACCGCGGCGGCUGUGCUCAAACCCUUCAGCCAGCCCGGGCGAAGCCUGCGCAUGGAAGUCGACACGCCCGGCCUCAUCGACAGCAUCACCUUCCACGACGACCCGCAGGCCGAGGAGCCGCUGGGCGAGGACGAAAUCGAAAUCGAGCCGGCCGCCUUCGGGCUGAACUUCCGCGACGUCAUGGUGGCCAUGGGCCAGCUCGACGAGUGGAUCAUGGGCUACGAGUGCAGCGGCGUCGUGUCCCGCGUGGGCAGCUCCAAGGGCCACGGCUUCCAGCCCGGCGACCGCGUGUGCGCCAUGACCAGAGGCCACUACGCAAACCGCGUGCGCGUCAGCUGGACCGCCGUCUGCAAGAUGCCGCCGCAGAUGAGCUUCGAAGAGGCGGCGUCGGUGCCCAUGGUCUUCAUCACUGCCUACUACUCGCUGUUCGAGAUCGCGCGCCUGGAGGACGGUGAGUCGGUCCUCAUCCACGCGGGCAGCGGCGGCGUUGGGCAGGCGGCCAUUAUGCUGGCCAAGCUCAAGAAGGCCGACGUGUUUGUGACGGUGGGCAGCCAGGAGAAGCGUGCCUUUGUGCGCGACACGUACGGCAUCCCGGACAACCGCAUCUUCUCGAGCAGAGACACGUCUUUUGGCGACGCCGUCCUGGCAGCAACGGGCGGCCGCGGCGUCGACGUGGCGUUGAACUCGCUGGCCGGCCCGCUGCUAGAGGAGACGUGGAGGUGCAUCGCUCCGCUGGGCCGCUUCGUCGAGAUUGGCAAACGCGACAUCGAGCUGAACAAGAGACUGGACAUGGCGCCAUUCCGGCAGAGCGUGUCGUUUGCCGCCGUCGACCUGACGCACGUGGCGGCCCACCGCGGCAAGCUGAUAUCGCGCAUGCUGGCCGCCGUCAUGGAGCUGCUGGGCCAGGGCAGCAUCAAGCCCGUGACGCCCGUGACCGUCUACGGCCUGGACGAGCUGGAGAAGGCGUUCCGGCUGAUGCAGGCCGGCAAGCACCGGGGCAAGAUAGUCAUCCGCGCGGGAAAAGAGGACACGGUGAAGGUGGCCCCGCAGCGGCCGAGAGCACGGCUGUCGCCAGACGCGUCGUACGUCGUGGUGGGCGGGCUCGGCGGCAUUGGACGGUCGGUGUCGCGGCUGCUCGUGCAAAGGGGCGCCCGCCACCUCGUGCUGCUGUCGCGGCGUGGUGAGGACGCAGACCGCGGCUUCGUCGACGAGCUCAGGACGGCGGGAUGCGCCGUGGCGGCACCGCCCUGCGACGCGAGCGAUGCGAAGGCGUUGGCGACGGCCGCAGCCGAGUGGGCGAGAACGAUGCCGCCGGUGCGGGGCGUGAUCCAGGCGGCCAUGGCACUGCAGGACUCGGUGUUUGAGCGCAUGGGCUUCGACGAGUUUGCCGGUGGGAUGGCCCCCAAGCUGCGGGCGACGCGCAACCUGCACGAGCUGUUCGGCGGGCUGGACUUUUUCGUGAUGCUGUCGUCGGUUGUGGGCGUGGCCGGGAACGCGAGCCAGGCGAACUACGCGGCGGGCGGCGCCUUCCAGGACGCGCUAGCCCAGCACCGCCAAGCCCGGGGCCUGCCCGGCGUGGCGCUAGACCUCGGCCCGGUGCGGUCGGUAGGCUUCGUCGCCGAGAGCGCCGGCGUCGAGGACCGGCUGGCCCGCAUCGGCUUCCGCGCCCUGGAGGAGCAGCAGGUGCUGCAGCUGAUCGAGGCGGCCGUGGCCGGCGGCAGCGCGGCCCAGGUCGUCACGGGCGUCGCGUCCGCGCCCGCGCCCGAGCUGGUGCAGCGCGCGGCCUGGCUACAAGACGCACGCUUUGCAGGGCUGCGCGCGGCCGGCGAUGCAGCGGGCAGCCUCGGGCGCGCCUCGGGCGGCAGCGGGCCGGCCGUGCCACUGCAACUGCAGCUCGCCGACGCGGCAUCCCCCGCCGCCGCCGCUCAAGUCGUGUGCGCCGCCGUUGUGCGCAAGACGGCCGACAUCUUCAUGCUGCAGGUCGACGAGGUCGACGCCCGUCACCCUGUCACCCACUACGGCGUCGACUCGCUCGUCGCCGUCGAGCUGCGCAACUGGUUGGCUGCCCACGCGCGCGCCGACGUGUCCAUCUUCGACGUCCUGCAGAGCGCGUCCAUCGCCGACCUCGCCGCCGUCGUCGCCCGCAAGAGCGCGUGCGUCAAGGCCGAGUAG